AUGGCGUAUCUUGCAGCUAUAGCGGCAGGAUCGGGCGUCCCUCUAUUCACCCGUACAAAAGGGGACCUUCCACCGCUGGCGUACCCGAAGCUGGCCUCGCUCAACGGAGCGCACUUUUUCUCGUCUUCUCUCGAGGCGCAGCUCCGUAGCUGCACCAGUGGCGGAGUCAAGACCGUAUGGAAGACCUUCUGCAACAAUAUCACUCUGAUCCUGGUUGCCACUGACGACGGGUCAUGUGACGAUCACAUGACCUACCUCCUGGAGCUGGUGUUCAAUGCCAUGGUGAUGGUAAUAGGUCUACAGGACCUGGACACGCCCACCAACAUGGAACGACUCAAGCAAAACCUCAAAUGGUGCUAUCCACUGGUGGACCAUAUUAUGGAGCAGACGGAUCUCCUUUCUCCUGUCACGAGAUGUGUCGACGUCAUUGCCUGCGAAGAUACCAACUUACUGCAGGUGAAUUAUGUGUACCUACGUUCAGUUGGUGGGAGCUGGCGACCAUUGAAAAGAGCCUUCUCUCUCUCUUCCUCUCCUCCUCUCCCUCUCUUCACGGCGAAAGACAUCCCGGUCUAUCUCCCCGUCGCCAGCAACAAGAUCCCUCACAGGUUGCUGGUGUUUGCGGUGAAGGAAGGCGUGGAGCUCUGCAUUCUCUGUGACUCUGGGCCGUCACUGGUGGAUAUUGAGAUGACCAUUGAGAACUAUUGGAGCGGGGUCUCCGAUUCUCUCAAAGCUUGUGUUCGAUCGUACCCUCGCUGCUUCCCCGGAUCACUCACCUUUGACCCCUCGGUCCUGGGGGCAUGUCUGAUCAACAUGGAAUCGGGACGGUGUCUGUCGACGUUCAGUCCUUCUCCUGGAACCGAGACACCUUCCACUCUCAGUGCUGGUUUCCGUGGAAACGUCACGGCUGCAAAGAAGCGUGAGUAUUUCACCAGGUUUUACAAGACGGUUGUGAACCAAUUUCUUCCAUCUCCAUCUGCCUCUCUCACCGACAAAGAUGAGAAAUCAACUGCAGUUAGGGACACAAUUCCACAUCAAAUCCGUCAGACUUACACAUGCACCACGCCAAUUCAAGGCCUACGGUCUUCUGAAAGAGAAAUUUAUCUUCAUUCUACUUUUCAACACUUCAGCUCCCACUUUUUCACUCAGGAAGAUCACGGAAGAAAUGUUAGCACGGAUAAUUUCGUCUCCGUUGACUGCUUUCAACAUCAUCAAGCAUCAAAAGACACUGCAUAUUAUUUGAUGUAUGAGAGAUUUUUCUGUCAUUUUAUCGGCCCUUUCUCUGAAAACGGAUAAACCUUGUACCAGACUCUCCCCUGUACCAAGGGAAGAGGGAUAGCUCCCGUGGUCUCUGGAGUCGUAAGAAGAGAGUCUGUUGUCUCCCUCCAACCACACGUGGCCGCGAGGAAUGACAGAGGUUUUGUGCAGGUCUCUGCAACCUGCUGGAAUCUUCUCUCCUUCAACUGCCGUGAUUCUCUUGCAAAUGAGUUCGUCUGGUCUCCAUGGAUUCAGAGCCACCACAACAUCGCCCCUGGCAACCAAACAACAGUGACACCAUCAACAAAGACACCACAUCACCAUUAAAUUCCUACUUCUU